AUGGGUCGCCGUCCCGCUCGUUGUUACCGCUACUGCAAGAACAAGCCCUACCCUAAAUCGAGGUACAACCGCGGUGUGCCUGAUCCCAAGAUUCGUAUAUACGAUCUUGGCCGCAAGAAGGCUUCCGUCGACGAGUUCCCUUACUGCGCGCACCUGGUCUCUGACGAAUAUGAGCAACUUUCGUCUGAAGCUUUGGAAGCCGCUCGUAUCUGUGCCAACAAGCACGUCGUGAAGACUGCGGGGAAAGAUGCGUUCCAUCUCCGCAUGCGCGUGCAUCCAUUCCACGUCAUUCGCAUCAACAAGAUGCUGUCUUGUGCUGGCGCCGACAGGCUGCAGACGGGCAUGCGUGGUGCAUGGGGCAAGCCAUAUGGGACGGUUGCGCGUGUGAACAUCGGCCAGAUCAUCAUGUCGAUCCGUUGCAAGGACGCCAAUGCCGCAGUUGUCACAGAGGCGCUUAGGCGUGCUCGAUACAAAUUCCCAGGCCGUCAGAAAAUAAUCGUUUCCCGCAAGUGGGGCUUCACUAACGUGGACCGAACGGAUUACGAGGCGCUGAAGGCCAACAAGGGCAUGAUGCCUGAUGGUGCUUAUGUGCAGUUCAUUCGUCCCAAGGGAAACCUGGAGCAGAACUUGCGUCUUCAGCUGCGUGUGUGA